UUAAAUUUGGGGAUGUGCAAUUGGAAAAUUUGAGCAUAGUUGUGCAAUUUACGGGGAUAUUGAAUUGUUAUUUGAGCAAUAUUGGGAAAUUUGUGGGGAUAGAGAAGGGAUGUCGCCGUUGUGUUAAUUUUUUUUUAAGCAUUAGGUCAAUCGAGGAAACCCUUACUGCAGUGUUGUUUUUUCUGUACAUCCUAACUAGCUGACAGUUACUAAUCCCGGUGGUUGUAGGUUUAGCAGGCCAUUAGAGUCUGGAUGGAUUAAGAAACAAAUGGUCAUGCAUUAAAUUUUACAGGGAAAAGGUCAUUUACGAACUGUUUUAGGCUUCCGAGGUGUAUGAGAUUUUGAUGGCUUUGUUGCUAUUAUAAUUUAGGGAGGGAUGUUGAGUUAAUGUUGCAAGUUCGUCCGUGGACCCUUAAUGCAUUGCUGGAUUUUCUCUAAGCAAAUGCAUUGUUGUUCAGAUAAUGCCUUUAGACAUAGCUGUAUGAGAUUUUGAUGGCUUUGUUGCUAGUAUAAUUUAGGGAGGGAUGUUGAGUUAAUGUUGCAAGUUCGUCCGUGGACCCUUAAUGCAUUGCUGGAUUUUCUCUAAGCAAAUACAUUGUUGUUCAGAUAAUGCCUUUAGACAUAGCUGUAUAUUGAGCAGGUCAUUCAAGUAUGUAUGCUGGAGCAUGUGGAUUUAAGAAGCAAAAGCCAUCAGAAUUGAGGAGGCGAUUGAAAACAUGGGAGACAUUUAUAGGCUAUCGCCUGGGAUAGAACGUGACCUUUUGAUAAGGCCUUGAUUACCUAAGAAUAAUGUCUGCCAACUCGAAGUCUGUCAUAUCUUGUAGCAUCCAAGACAGGUCAAAAUUAGUUGCCGGAUACUCAAAUAGACAACGAGGUCAUUUUUCAGAUUCUUUAAGUAGGAGAGGCAGUUGUGAAAGCGGCAUUUCAAAGGCAGGACAAAGUUCACCACAGCUUAGCCUAAAGUCAAAGUUAAAACAAGAAAUCUUACAUCUAUCACAAGUUUUAUCCUCAGAACGAUUGUCCUUGGAGCCUCAAAAAGAUGUCUGUCAUGCAGAAUUGAGAAGGGUCAUAAAAACCACUUUUGAUACAGCUGCAGAAGUUUCAUCUUUUGGGAAUGUUCAAGCAAAGUCUCUUGCUUCAUUAGGGCCUGCAGGGCUCAAGCGAGUCAAGGCAAGUGUCAGUGAUGACUAUGCAAAAGCAAGGGAACAAGGGAAAUUUCUUAAUGAAGCCAUUUCAAAGCUGGAAAAUUUCAGGUGUAAUGUGCCCUCAAGGAAGCGAAUUCGAUCAGAAAUAACAAGUGAGAACAGAAACAGCUCACUGGCCAAUUAUUGGUCUGCUGGUGGUGCAGUUUUACAAAAAUCAGCAUCUCCUGUCUCAAAAAAUCAAGCAAAUUUAAAAUUUGUAGACCUGGUUUUUAAUAGAGCAUACGAGAGAAACAAAACUUUGGGUACAAAUAAGCAAGUUCGCACAUUGGUGUUGGAAGGACAAGUCAAUGUAAAUUUGCCAAAAUCAUUUGGUAAGUCGGAUCAAGAAAUAGACGUUUCAAGGCCUGGAAGCUCCUGUUUGAGUCAAGUAGAAGAGAAUGAUUGUGCACAACUUCCUGCCAAAAGAAUUUUGAAAAUGAUGAGAAUAAAAGGAAAGCGUUCUCAAUUGAAGACGGACAUCAGUUUACCUUCAAUGGUUAAUGGAGCUUUGGAUGGAAAAUGUGAGCAGAAAUUGAGUUUAAAAGAUAAGCUUAAUAGGGACAGUCGAGUAAGGCGAAAUGAAGUCCAGGGUAACAGGUCAACUAUCCAUGACAAGAAUCAGGCAGCAGACAUAAGGACUUCAUCAGCUUCUGUUACACAGCGGCUUGGGAAAAGGUCAAACAAGAAGACUUGUAUUGCAAGAAGAAAAAAUUCAGUGUCUCCCACAUCAAAUCAAAUCCAUGAUAUAAGUUCGGCAGAGGGUUCUGCUUGUGCUGCUGUUAAGGAGGCUAAGUCUGAUUCUCAUAGAAUCUUGGGAUCAGGACACACAUCCAAAUGUCACCGGCCUCGGAACAAAUUGAAAAAUGAGAAUUUAAAUUAUUCAACAGGGAUAGUUGGAAGUAAAUCUGUAGAAGGUGAAAAUGAGAAUACAGAGAUCACCAAGAACAAUGCAAGCACAGAAGUCAAGCUUAAAUCUGCUGGUUCAAGUUUUGGAAAAUUGAUUUUACCUACCAAAAAGUCAAAGUUUGGCCCCAAAAAAGGCAGUGAAGACUCUGCACAUUGGCUAGUUAGAAGUAGACGGGAUUUGUUGGCUGGGUCGACUAGUGUCUGCCAAGAUAGUGAUACGAUGGAUAUAACUUCAAACACCAAGCCGUUAAGAAAUUUGGGGGCCCUUUCUGAUAAAGUAAAAAGCAAGCCAAGCCGAUUUCUGAUCGAGAAAAGUUCAUCUGAUUACAAUCCUUUGACUCAACCUAGGUGCCCAGUAAACAGUGGGUCUUCAGACCUUACUGGAGGAAUGGAUGAUGAUUGCAAAGAACUUUUAGCAGCCAUUGAGGAUGCUAAUAAUGCAAGAAGUCUAGCAUGCUCAAAGCCAUUUUGGAAGGAAGUGGAGCCUUACUUCAGGAUUGUUACACAAGAUGAUCUUGAUUUCCUGAAGCAGCAAGUUAUGUUUGCUAGUGAUGAAACACGAGGAUGCCCAAGUAGAAACGUUUCAAGCCACAGGAAAUCCUUAUCAAGUGCAAAUGUUGAAGAUAGCAAUUUAAGUUUUUUAAACAAUCAAGAGGAUAUGCAGGCUACAAGAUCAUCCCCUGGAAUAGAUGGCAUAUGGCUUGAAAAGAUGACACCAUUAUCACAAAGGCUUCUUUCUGCUCUAAUGGUUGUGGAUGAAAAUGACCAAGUUACAAGUAUCGACAAUGACAAUGGGCAUAAGAUUUUUGAUAAUGUGAGUGAAGUGUCACCCCAUAAAAAUCAUGUUGAGAAAUGCAGUGAGGAUAAGACUUUCAGUAGAGUGGAACCAGAGAUUGCAGGACAACUACAAAUGCAUAAUAAUGAAAGACUAAACGUUUCCCAUGAUUCCACUUCUUUAAAUGGAUAUAUAAAUUAUUUAUCUGAAGUUUAUGUCCACAGUGACAAAAAUGGAGUAGAAUAUGAUAUUUUAGAAGGUUCAGACAUUGAUAUUUCCAAAGCAGACUCAGGAAAUUUGAAGGAGAGGCACAUGAUAAGAUCGCAGAGGAAUCAAUUUGGUUUACAAUCUGGCUGCCAAACUAAUUGUGUAGCUUCUGGCAUUGCUUCACAUGAGAUUGAGUAUCAACAAAUGUCUCUGGAUGAGAAGAUUCUUUUGGAACUUCACAGCAUCGGGCUCUUUCUAGAUUCUGUGCCUGAUCUAGAAUCCGAAGAUGAUGACAGUAUAGAAGAGGAACUUAAUAAACUUAGAAAAGAACUUCGAGAAAAGGUUUGCAAAACGGAAGCUCAAAUAAUUCAUCUAGAAAAGGCUGUUUCUGAGAGCUGGAAGGUGGAAGAAAGGGAAUGUGAACGCCUUGCUUUGAACAAGCUCGUAUUGAGAGCAUCCAAACGAUAUCUAGGACCAAGAGGCAGAGGCUUUCAUAGGAGGAGUGCAGCAAAGAAGGUAGAACAGCAGGCUAACUUGGAUUUUGUUAAGCGGACAUUACAUAGGUGUAAGAAGUUUGAUAAAACAGGCAAAAGCUGCUUUAAUGAAACUUCCCUGAAGGAGAAAUUCUUCCCAAUAGCUUCUAAAGAGACAACCACAAAAUCUUUAGAAAAUGCAGUUGAGGGUAAAAUGUUCCAUGCAAUCCAAAAUGGUGGAGAUACUGAAAGCCCUUCUGUUAUGAAGCCAUCAGAUGACUUGGUUGUGGCUUCUCAAAAUUCUGUCAGACUUGCAGUUCAAAUACAGAAGAAAGACAAGGGAGGCAAUCUACAGUCUGAUCCACGUCAAACAUCGUCUUCAUUAGAACAAACUGGUGGGAAGCAGUUCCUUAAGGAUAUAGUUGGCAGUAGUGCACUAAGGGAGGCACCUGUUUUUACGGGGUCUCUUCUUGAAGGAGCAAAGGGAAAGAGACGGGAAAGAGAGAGAGAAAGAAAGGGGCAGAACAAAGAGAUGAUAACGAGUAUGAACAAUGUUAAGGAUGGUCUCCAAGGCAAUGUCAAAGGAAAGAAAAAAUAUAUAACCAAACCAACCCGGAGAACUACCCCAUUGAUGGAGUCUAAUGGGCUUCUGGGCAAGUCUACUGGAGAGUUGAGUAAAUCAUCAACAGCAUUGAUAAAUCUUGAGGAAAAGCCUAGCAAUAAAAUUAUUAAAGAUAAGAACGAUAUCACCAUGGGAAGUGUUUUGGUUGUUGCACAAGAUCUUGAAUGUCAACCUUUAGUUAUUGAUUUAUCACACGUGGUCCCUGUUAUGGACUAUGUGGAUAAAUUGGAUAUGUAUGAAAAUGGUCAGAACAUUGAGUCAUUUUUUGAGGAUGAUGCCUUACAAGAUGCUGCUGCUGAUUCUGCGGGUCUUGGUGUGCCCGCUGAAGAGCCUUCUGUCAUUUCAAAAUGACAGACUGAGAAUUAGGUGUUUGUACAUUAUUUUUUAUUGUUUUAGUUGGUAAUCUGUACUUUAAAUGCAACCAAUAUUUUGUUGCUUUUUAGCCAAAAGAAUGCCAAUGCAAAGGGGUUUCUUUUGCUUACAAAUACAAAUUGUACCAUAGUAGGAUAGAUACAUUCUUUUAAACAGUCCUGUAUGAGUUAAUCACAUUGUUUGUGAUCUAUAAAGCACCAUACACAUCAAUUCUCAUCUGAUGUAAUUAUUUGUCUCUAUACAGGAUAGUUUUCUCUUAAAGCUUAUUGUUGGUAUACAACCUUAAUUGUUUUCUCAAUUA